AUGCAAGUUGCAUUCAUAUUUUCCACCUAAUCUUUACGAAGCUUAGCUCUUCGUCAUAAAUUCGCAUUCAUGGACAACCGGUGACCGUGGCCUACUGUGCCGGUUCACAACAAAUCCACGUGCAUUUUUCGCAACGGUUUUGUUUUGAUUCCUCUUCCAAUCUACAGCUACUCCAUCGGCGACGCUUGUACUAGGUAUAUCUUUCUUGCUCGUACACUCGAACCGAAGCCGGUUAACCGUCAACAGAAUGAGUUAUUUUCUCUCCCGUUUCUCCAUCCACGUCGAGGUCUCGAGCAUUGGUGCUGUGCAUGAGAGCGCUAUAGUGAUGGCGUCGCAGCUUGCCGCCAGCCAGACCGGCCGGCCGGCUGCCGUGCCGUCGUCGUCCGACGUCGCGGUUUUGACAGUUCCCGCCGCGUGCGAGUAGAGCAUGUUGUGGCUACGCGGGGAUUUUCGUGCCGUUUUGCGUUCAGGUUUUCCGCUGCGGAGUGCAAAUUUUCCGGUGUUUUCCGUCGCGAAGAUGGCCACAACGUCCGCGGAUACGCGUGUGAAACCGCUGGUGGUGAUUCUCGGCUCGACCGGUACGGGAAAGACGAAACUUUCGAUCGAGCUGGCGCAGCGCUUCGGUGGGGAAAUAAUCAGCGCCGACUCGAUGCAAGUUUACCGUGAUCUGGACAUUGUGACGGCGAAAGCGACCAAAGCGGAGCAAUCGCAAGCCCCCCAUCACCUGCUGGACGUGACGACGCCGGACCAUGCCUUCACGGUGAUCCACUUCCGAGAGCGAGCGCUGCCAAUUAUCGAUCGUCUCAUGUCAGAAAAUCGAAUGCCGAUCAUCGUAGGCGGAACCAAUUACUACAUCGAAAGUGUCCUCUGGCAGGUGCUGGUCGGAAGCGGGAUUCGACAGGAGCGACUCCGUCGACGUCGCCACCACUCUGAGGACGAUCCGAAAGCGAUCCAAUCAGACGAGCAUCAACCGGACAAAGUACCAAAAAUAACAAACGACGAUGAGUCACCGCCAUCGUCAUCAUCCGUCGGUAAACCGGAAGAAAGCAAAAGUUGUGCCGAAAGCGAGAGUGAAUCGAAGUCGGCCGCGGAAAAAGUGCGUGCCGCAGCAGAAGAACAACAUAAAAGUGAAAAUAGUGCCGGCGAAGACACAGCAGUAGUGGGGAAGCAUAAGGCGAGCGAGAUUACAGCCGAUGAGGCGGAACAAGUGUUGCUAAUGACAACGCAGCAAAUGGAGCAGCUCGAGUCGCGGGCUCUGCACGGUGCGCUGCGACGGGUCGAUCCGGUUACAGCCAAUCGGUUGCAUCCGAACAACAAGCGGAAGAUUGUCAGAGCCCUUGAGGUGUUCCAGCAGGAAGGACGUGCAUUGAGCAGCAUUCUUAGCGACCAGCGUGCUCUGUCCGACGGAUGUAAAUUAGGUGGACCACUGCGUUAUCGGAACGUAGUAUUGCUUUGGCUUCGCUGCGAACAGGAAACGCUCAAUGCCCGACUGGACGCUCGAGUGGAUUCGAUGGUCGCGCAAGGCCUGCUCGCCGAGAUAAGGCAGUUCUACGAGCGCUAUGUGAAACCCUACGAGGAUAACGACUUCCAUCAGGGCAUUCUGCAGAGCAUUGGGUUCAAGGAGUUCGUUCGAUACCUUGAGAAGUACGAUCAUGGGCACGACCAGCUGAUCACCGAUUAUAUGCGACAAUUGGGUGGGGACAGAGCUGUCCCGGAAGGAGUGCCAUUGCUCCAGAUGUGCCUCGACAAUUUGAAACAGGUGACGCAACGAUAUUCCAAAAGACAGAUUAAAUGGAUAAACCAUCGAUUUUUGGGUGAUUCACGCAGAGAGGUUCCUCCAAUUUACGCGCUGGACACGACCGAUGUUGCCAAGUGGACGGAGAAUGUUUUCACCCAAGCUGAACAGGUCGUCCAGUCGGUGCUGGCUGGGGAAAUUCCAUCCAAGCAGCCUCUGCCCAGACUGACCACGGCCCGGGAAGGUCUGAACGAGGAAACGUCAUUCUUCUGCGACGUAUGCCAACGCACAAUAGUGGGCGAGUACCAGUGGCAGCUGCAUAUGCGCUCCAACAAGCACAAAAAGUGCGUUCAGAGCAAAUCGAAACAGGCGAAACUGUCGACCGUUGAUUAGCCGUUAGUGGGAUUUAGUUACGCACGAUGUCAGGUAAGUAGUGGAUUGACUGAUAGAAAACAAUAGAUUUUUUUUCUAUUGAUAUGAUGAGUGAAAUUUAAUUUAUGCCGAAAUCUCAUCGACAUGCAACGUGACUCAGAAAAAUUGAUUCGCUCCUUUGAGUAAAUACCUACGGAAUUGCAAAUAUCUGUUAGUUGUGGUUGUGAUUUUUUAUCAAUGUGAGAAAAAAACAUACAAAAAAGAUUUUCAUUUCAUACCGAUUUAUUUUCAUGUGAGAAUUACUUACAUUUUAGAAAUUAUAUUUGAAACGUAAAAACUUAACAAUCAAGCUACACAUAUUAAAUGCUUUUAUUUGACACUGACGACAAGGAACCCAGAUUCACUUCAAAAUCACAUAACAACUGAAAGCCCAUAUCUCACUGAUUAUGAUAUAAUUGCUUCAUGAAAGUUAACAUCUACAGUUAAACAAAUCGAUCGAUCCCUCCCCUUAAUACCACCCAUUUCAGAUUAACCGUAACGGAACCUAGUAGUUAUCACUCCUAAUCCUGAUUCGCUUUAUUUUAGCUUUCGGCUAUCUGAACAACAUCUUAACUGUACGAUUUAAACUUCGUUUGCUGGCAGUCGAUGGUCUCGGCUCUUCGUUUCAAUUCUCUCAACUUUAAUUAAUACACUUUUUCAAUUAACUUUCCACCCUUUUUUCAGCUGGUUCAUUCGGUAUCUCUGUGAUGUGUGUAAAUAUUAGCUAUACGCCGUACCAUAACAUGAGUUUCCAUAUUCGUUCGUCAUUCACAACUAGGCUAAUGGUUUUCUCCCAUCGUCGUGUGUCUUUUUGUUUUGCUUCUUUCUAGUAGUUAUGUCUAAAUAGAUAGUGGCCUCAGUUUUCCCACCGUAUAUCAGCGGUGAUGAUUAUGGUUGUAGUUAUUCGCUAUCUUGCUGGUAUUGUUUUGGAUUUGAUUAAUCUUCACCAAAAUGAGUGUAGAUAUUAUUGUCGCUAGUUGGCGCUCAUAGCCGGCUGAUAAAUUGCUGCCCAUCAGGGCCGCUGUUGUUGGCAUCGAAAGGGAUGCAAACUGUUUUGUGCUUCAUUGAUGCCGGGGUAACACGAUCGGAGUAGGCUGUGGAUUUCUCAUUGUACGUAGCGGUAAUGACAGCGAUUUGUUUUCGGAGAUUAUAGCCCAAGAUUUCAUGUAAUGGAAAAAACUUAAAUAUCUAAUGCAACAAGCGAUGGUGGCGCUUUUCGCGUGUAUUAGGGUAAAAGUACCGAUAGUUGUGGUUGUUCCUAAAGUAGCGGUAGUGUAGUUCAUAGAGAAUCUACAGAUCAAACGUAGCAACCCAUAUUGUUGAUCAUUUGGGUGAACUGUCAUACGAAACAAGUGAAAACUACCUUGGAAUAUCAUCGAAAACGGUUAAUUAUCCUGAAAUACCUUUUUCCUUGCCAUUGCACCAAUAGUAUAGCAUCAUCGACAGAUUCCUUUGCGAUUGAAACAUAUUUCGCAUAAAAUAGUGGUGAUGAGCUUUUGGAUACAUCCUCAAGGUAAGUAAAAUACAGUAUCGAUUGAGUGUAACCGAUAAAAUAAUGAUAACGCGUCCUUAUUGCCUCCACUAUUGGGUCUUUUACUUUUACCCUAGAAGAAACAAAAAAAAAAACAAUAAAAGCAUAUAAAUUUUUAAAUUAAGUAAAAUGCAUAAUUUGGUAUCGAACAGCUUGAAUGUUGGGGAUUUGAAGAAAGGGUUUUUGUUCAGCAGAGAGUCCAACAAUUUCUGUCAUUAGAGACUUCAGAGAGCCUUAAUCAAUAGUAGAGGUGAGAUGUUUUCCAGGACUGGUAACAUACUUUAGUGGAUUCAUUCCCUAUCUGAAUGCUAAAAUGGAGUAUUUGAGGAAGUUACUUCAAGCUGGUUUAUGUUUUCAAUGGAAGUAAGAACAGAAAGCUGUUAAAUGCUAUUAAAGAAGUUGUAACUGCACAGCGGGUAAAACUUGACAUGCGGAAAUUUUCGCUAUUCUAAGCUGAAAUGGUCCUCUUCCCGACAGAAUUGCUUACAACUUGUAUUUUUGUUGCUUUUCUAUAACUAAACGCGUCUGAGUUUGAGGGGGGGCGUCCGGGGAGGCACACAGAACCUUAUGUACCAAAAUUAACAUUUUUCGUACAUUUAGAUGCUCCCGGAAACUGUCGGCACCUGGGCUCCUUCCGGCAAAAUCCGGUCCUGGCUGAACGCAACACCAAUGAUAAAAUCAUUCCAAAUUUCAUUCAUCGAGCCCUCGUGCCCUAGCAAAAUUUUUAUUUAUAUUUAUUUAUUUUGAUUUAAAUUUUGAAGGAAAGUAUCGUGCUUGAGUUUUUCAUACAGAAUAAACUUGUUUCAAUCAUUUACCGAAAAAUCCUGCGGUGAGUCAAUUGGACGAUUCGGAUAACGCAAGAUUCCGCGACUUCGGAUUUUGAAUGUUUCUAAACAGACUUAAAGUCACUAUUUGGUCGGAAACCCAUUUGGCCGAAAGGGCCACUAGGCCGAACAAACCAUUCCGCCGAAACACAUCUGGACAUUUUUCCGAAUAGAUCAUUUGGCCGAGUAGGACAUUUGAUCGAAUAGGACAUUUGGCUGAAUAGGAGAUUUGGUCGAA